UGGCAGAGAGGGAUGGAGGCCAGUGGAGGGAUUGGCAGAGAGGGAUGGAGGACACUGAAUGGAGGCCAGUGGAGGGAUUGGCAGAGAGGGGUGGAGGCCAGUGGAGGGAUUGGCAGAGAGGGGUGGAGGACACUGAAUGGAGGCCAGUGGAGGGAUUGGCAGAGAGGGAUGGAGGACACUGAGUGGAGGCCAGUGGAGGGAUUGGCAGAGAGGGAUGGAGGACACUGAAUGGAGGCCAGUGGAGGGAUUGGCAGAGAGGGGUGGCAGAUACAGAACAGUUAACUGAAGAGGGGAUAGCCUGCGAUGAGGUUGGCCAAUGAGGAGG